UUCUACCAAGGAAAAAUCCAACUUUAGCAUUCACCACCUUCAUGUCCUCAUGGGUUGUUCUUUGCAAAGAAAAAGGUUAUAUAUGUGAAAGCCCACCAUUCACAAUUUCUACCAUCUUAGUAAAUUAAUUUUAAUCUUCUUAAAAAAAAAACAAAAAUCAAAAACAAUGGCUUCCCAAACUUUUGCCUCGAUCAGAUGGUUCUUUCCAAGGAUCAACAUGACUACAGUUAUUAUAAGUUUGUUUAUAAUUUUAAGAAUGAAAAGAGCUUCAAUGGAGGAAAUAGAAGUUCAUAAGGGUUCAGCCGAUGUUAACAUAUUUGUUUCUCAAGAUGAGAUGGCUACAUCAUUAAGCAAAUACAUUGGUGACUUGUCAGAGAAAUUUGUAAAGGAGAAAGGUGUUUUUACUAUUGUUUUAUCCGGAGAUUCUUAUGCCAAAACUAUAAGGAAUAUGAUGGAGCCAUCAUCUUCAGUAGAUUGGUCAAAAUGGUAUGUAUUUUGGGUUGAUGAAAGGGUUGUUCCCAAGGAUAGCUCGGAAAGUAACUACAAGCUUGCUUACGAUGAAUUUCUUUCUAAGCUACUUGUCUAUUCAGACCUUCAAUCCGCUCAUUCACAACAAAUGGCAUCUUCAUUUCACACACUCUCCCACUUAACAACGAAAACAACCCCCAUUAGAUUCUCACAAAUUAAUCAAUCUCCCCUGAAAAACCCACUAAUUUAUUUCCCUGUAAAAUCUUCAAACUUUCCUCUCAGAUUCCCAGCAAUUUCAAUCUCAAAAAGCUCCUUAAAUUUCACACCAAAAUCAGCUUUAAUGGCGAAAUCUGAAAAGGAUUAUUCCAAUGUCGAUGUUCUCGAUUCUGAAGAACAAGUUGCCUUUGAAUUAGCAAAGUUUUCUGCCAACUUAUCAGAUUAUUUUGUCAAUGAAAGAGGCGCUUUUACUGUUGUUGUUUCUGGGGGUUCUCUCAUCAAAUCUCUCAGGAAAUUGGUAGAACCUCCAUACGUGGAUUCAAUUGAUUGGACGAAAUGGCAUGUGUUUUGGGUUGAUGAGAGGGUUGUUCCAAAGGAUCAUCCUGAUAGUAACUACAAGCUUGCCUAUGAUGGUUUCUUGUCUAAGGUUCCUAUCCCCCCUGGUAAUGUCUAUGCUAUUAAUGACUCACUCUCAGCUGAAGGCGCAGCUGAUGAUUAUGAAGCUGGUCUCAAACAACUGGUAAAGACAAACAUAUUAGCAACAUCACCGACAAGUGGUUUUCCAAAAUUUGAUGUCAUGCUCCUCGGUAUGGGUCCUGAUGGACAUGUUGCUUCUUUGUUCCCGGGUCACCCUCUUCUUAAGGAGAGUCAGAGAUGGGUUACCUCUAUCAAUGACUCCCCGAAACCACCACCAGAGAGAAUCACUUUCACCUUCCCUGUAAUCAAUUCCUCGGCCAACAUUGCCCUUGUAGUUUGCGGAAGUGGAAAAGCAGCAGUUGUGAAGACUGCACUGAGUGGAGACCAGAGCUCUGACAUGCUGCCUGUUCAAAUGGUGUCUCCUGAAGGAGAGCUGAAGUGGUUUUUGGACAAGGAAGCAGCUGCAAUGUUGUAGCUCUCACCGUGUCUUUAGGUAAGUCAGAAGUAUACCUACAUAGAUGAGACCUUGUAUGUUGUAUUUCUUUGUCAGAGUAAAUUAAUUUUGCAGAAUAAAAUGGUGGGUAUGCAAUGAGGCUUUGUAUUUGGCGUAAAUUUUCUUGACAAUUCUAUCUUGUAUGCUUGUACUAGUACCUCUCCCUCUCAUAAGUUUUUGAUAAUAAUAGCAUCAGUUAACAUUCAAUGAAGUCUCAAUUAUCAAAUAUGGAGUGACAUCUAUUAGCAAA